ACCCGGAUGUAUGCUUUUAGUGUUGCUGACAAGUCGCCGGUGGUGUAAUUUACUGUUUUGUUGAAUCUCUCUUUUGGCGGAAUACAUAAUAAACAGAUACGAUGCUACCUUUAAAACGAGUGGUGCUGUUGGCUGCGAGGAGACAUCAGUCUCGCUUCUUCUCAGCGUCACAAAACAACAGGAACUCUAGAAAAGGUCUUGUGUUAGGUGUCUAUGAGAGAGAGAAGGAGCAGGACAGCCUCAAUCUGACUGAAGCAGCAGCCGGGCUUGACAGCGUUCUGUCGGGGAAACUCACUGAACUGCUCAACAUAUCAGGACCUGCUCUGAAAAAAGGCAAGAACAGAAUAUUCUACGGCCUUCAUGAGGACUUCCCGUGUAUAGCAGUAGUUGGUCUGGGGAAGAGCUCUCUCGGGGUUUGUGGAUCUGAAUCCUGGGACACCUGCAAGGAGAACAUCAGAGCUGCUGUCGCCGGGGGCUGCCGGGUACUCCAGGACCACUCCCUGGCCCAUAUAGAGGUGGAUGGGUGUGGUGACAGCCAGGCGGCAGCAGAGGGCGCUGUUCUGGGACUGUUCACAUACGAUGACCUCAAGACAAAGAAGAAGACCAAAGUCACUACACAGCUUCAUGGCAGUGGGUGUGUGUCAGGCUGGCAAAAAGGUGUGUUAUAUGGAGAGGGUCAGAACCUGGCCCGUUAUCUGAUGGAAGCUCCAGCCAAUCACAUCACUCCGUCUGUCUUCGCUGACAUCAUCACUCAAAGGCUGACUCCCUAUGCUGAGCAGGUCACUGUUCAUAAGAGGUCUAAGGAGUGGAUUGAGGAGCAGAAGAUGGGAGCAUUUCUCAGUGUUUCUAAAGGCUCAGAGGAGCCCCCUGUCUUCCUGGAGCUGCAUUACAAUGGCUGUCCUGACAACUCCCAGUCUCCUCUGCUGCUGGUGGGCAAGGGUAUCACCUUUGACAGUGGUGGUAUCAGUUUGAAGCCUUCCUCAGGUAUGGACGCUAUGAGGGCUGAUAUGGGUGGAGCUGCCACUGUGUGUUCUGCCAUCGUCACGGCAGCAGCCCUCAAACUGCCAAUCAACAUAAUUGGUUUGGCACCCCUCUGUGAGAACAUGCCCAGUGGGAAGGCCAACAAACCUGGAGACGUAGUCACAGCCAAGAACGGCAAAACCAUACAGGUGGAUAAUACAGAUGCAGAGGGCAGGUUGAUCCUAGCUGAUGCUCUCUGUUAUGCCCACAGCUUCAACCCCAGAGCCAUAGUUAACACCGCUACACUGACGGGGGCAAUGGAUGUAGCCCUUGGAUCUGCAGCAGCAGGAGUCUUCACCAACUCUGACUGGCUCUGGGAACAGAUACACAAGGCCAGUGUGGUGACCGGAGACAGGGUGUGGAGGAUGCCGUUGUUUGACCAUUACACCAGACAGGUCACUGACUGCCACCUGGCCGACCUCAACAACGUUGGCAAGUACAGCCGGUAAGAACACACCCUAAAACCACAAGUACAGCCGGUAAGAACACACACUAAAACCACAAGUACAGCCGGUAAGAACACACACUAAAACCACAAGUACAGCCGGUAAGAACACACACUAAAACCACAAGUACAGCCGGUAAGAACACACACUAAAACCACAAGUACAGCCGGUAAGAACACACACUAAAACCACAAGUACAGCCGGUAAGAACACACACUAAAACCACAAGUACAGCCGGUAAGAACACACACUAAAACCACAAGUACAGCCGGUAAGAACACACACUAAAACCACAAGUACAGCCGGUAAGAACACACCCUAAAACCACAAGUACAGCCGGUAAGAACACACCCUAAAACCACAAGUACAGCCGGUAAGAACACACCCUAAAACCACAAGUACAGCCGGUAAGAACACACCCUAAAACCACAAGUACAGCCGGUAAGAACACACCCUAAAACCACAAGUACAGCCGGUAAGAACACACCCUAAAACCACAAGUACAGCCGGUAAGAACACACCCUAAAACCAUGAGUAGUCGGUAAGAACACACCCUAAAACCACAAGACCAGUCAGUAAGAACGCAUACUAAAACCACAAGACCAGUCAGUAAGAACGCAUACUAAAACCACAAAUCCAGCUGGUAAAAGGUUCUGUGGGAGAUUAGAAAAGUUAAAUUGUUUAUUAUUACGUUUUAUUUAAUUUGAUUGAAGUAAUUAUGUUUCUGAAUAGAUAUGUUGUUAUAUGUUCAAAGACACUUUUACAUGUUCAGCUGACGUUGGAAAACUAAAUGUGUCUGUCUGUCUGUCUGUGUGUGUGUGUGUGUGUCUGUG